GAGCUGAUGGUGGCAAUGGUGCAGCCAUUAUCUCAUCGUUGCGCCCCUUCGACCGCGAAAAACAAAAAGCCUACCUCAUACCCAUCGAAAUCAAAGACAAUGGCGCCCCAGCCAUGACUGGCACCUCAACACUGACCGUCAUCAUCGGCGAUGUCAACGACAACAAAAUGCUGCCCGGCAGCAAAGAGGUGCUCGUCUACAAUUACCAGGGCCAAUCACACGACACACCCAUCGGUCGGGUUUAUGUACACGAUUUGGACGAUUGGGAUGUGGUCGACAAGAAAUACUACUGGGAACAGCAGGAACAUCAGCGCUUCAAAUUGGACACCGAUACGGGCAUUGUUACGAUGAAGGCUGGCACUCGCCGUGGCCGUUAUAAUUUACGCUUCAAAGUCUAUGACCGCGAACAGGGUCAGGUGGAUGUGCCGGCGAAUAUGACGGUGCUCGUCCGCGAUAUUACCCAGGAGACAGUACAACAGGCCGGUUCAAUGCGUCUGCAGGGCAUAAGUGAUGAGGAAUUUGUUCGAACUUGGGAUUUUAAGCAGCACAAACAGGUUCGCUCCAAGCUGGAACGAUUUCGCGAUAAAUUGGCUGAGCUGUUGUACACAGAACGCGAUAUGGUCGAUGUGUUCAGUGUGCAGACGAAGGAGGAGGGUGUGACGGAUGUACACUUUGCUGCCCGGCCGGCCAAUCAACAGCCUAGCUUUAAGGCUGUGCGCCUUAAUGGUGUGGUUCUCAUGCAAAGAGAGGAGAUUGAAAAGGAAUUGGGUUUGAACAUCACCAUGGUGGGCAUUGAUGAGUGUUUGAUGGAGCAACGAAAAUGUCCGGGGUCAUGUUCAAAUCGCAUCGAAGUUAAUAAGCUGCCGCACACGGUGAAUGUAAAUAAGACAGCAUUGGUGGGUGUGCGCCUGGACAUAACGGCCGAGUGUGUGUGCAAGGCCCGCAAUUUCAGUCGAGAAAGUUCCUGCCGCACUCUGCAUUGUUUUAACGGUGGACGUUGUGUCGAUACCCGUAAUGGUCCCAAAUGUGUGGCCUGCCCCAUAGGCUACAAUGGACCAAGAUGCCAACAGAACACUCGCAGUUUUAAGGGUAAUGGUUGGGCCUGGUAUCCCCCGCUACAGCUUUGUGAGGAAUCCCAUCUUAGUUUGGAAUUCAUUACCAAGGAGGCCGAUGGUUUAAUUCUCUACAAUGGACCCAUUGUACCACCUAAAGUAGAGGGCUUGGUGCUUACCGACUUUAUUGCCGUUGAAUUGGAACAAGGCUAUCCUAGAUUGCUAAUAGAUUUCGGCUCCGGUACUCUGGAAUUGAAAGUGAAAACCAAGAAAACCCUCGACGAUGGCGUGUGGCAUCGCCUCGACCUAUUUUGGGAUUCGGAAAAUGUACGCAUGGUGGUGGAUUUCUGCCGUUCGGCAGAUGUUUUCGAAAUGGAGGAUGGCUCACCGCCUGAGUUUGAUGACAAUUCCUGUCAGGCACGCGGCUCCAUACCCCCCUUCAACGAAGCCUUGAAUUUAAAUACUCCCCUACAAAUUGGUGGCCUUUAUCGGCAACAUUUCGAUCAAUCGCUCUUCCGUUGGCAAUAUGCCUUCACCUCCAAGGGGUUCGAUGGCUGCAUUCGCAAUGUCAUACACAAUUCGGAACACUACGAUUUGGCCUUCCCCGCGUUGGCCCAUAACAGUUAUCCGGGUUGUCCGCAAACCGAUGAAGUCUGCCUGAAAACAGAUCACACCGCCCGCUGUUGGGAACAGGGCAACUGUGUGGCCAGUUUGGUGCAGGCCAAAUGCCACUGCCAACCCGGCUGGACGGGACCCAUGUGUAAUAUACCCACCAUACCGACCACAUUCAAACCCCAAAGUUAUGUCAAAUUUGCCUUAUCAUUUGAACCUGAUCGUUUCACCACACAACUGCAAUUGCGCUUCCGAACCCGGGAAAUGAAUGGGGAAAUUUUCCGUGUGUCCGAUCAACAUCAACGUGAAUAUGCCAUACUGGAGUUGAGUCAAGGACGUUUACAUUUUCGCUACAAUCUCAAUUCGCUCAAGGCUGAGGAACAUCAUUUGGCAUUGUCGGCCAUUGCUGUCAAUGAUGGGCAGUGGCAUGUGGUUAAGGUGAGUCGCUAUGGUUCAGCGGCGCUUAUGGAAUUGGACGGUGGUGAGGGCAGACGCUACAAUGAAACAUUUAAUUAUGUCGGGCAUCAAUGGCUGUCCAUAGAUAAGCAAGAGGGUGUUUAUGCCGGUGGCAAGGCAGAGUACACGGGCAUUAAGACUUUCGAAGUUUUAGGAGAUUUUCAACGAAGCUGUCUAGAUGAUAUCAGGUAA